AAAAUGGGGAAAUGAAAAGAUUAAAUUUACAGAAUUCUAAUAUUUAAAUAUCUUUUUACACUGUUAUAUUUAAUUUUAAAUAAUAUUCUUUUCAUUUGUAUAUUAAUUUUGGCCCUUUUUGUAAUUUUAUAUAAAAUAUUAUUGAUUCCUUAUUUUAAAAGUGAUUACACUUUGUAUUUUUAUAUUUAACAUCUAACCAUGGUAUAAAUUAAAUUUUAAUGAAAUUCGUUGUUGUGGCUGUCCCCGGAGUCAUUUCUCCCGAUUCAAAUGGCGACGAGAUUCUUAGAGCAAUCGGGGGAAAGGAAGGCUUACGUUCAGUUUUAAAUGGAGAAAAAUCAGAACAACUGAUAUUGAGGUUUGGAAUUGACUCAACAAGUAGUUUCGUUCCAGCCAACACAUAUGAAGAUAACAUUCCCUGUAAAUUAGUGGCAAAAGCCAAGCUUUGGAAGUCUGGAAAAUGUACUAUAGAAUUGUUGGGGCCGGUUGUAGAUUACUUUUCAUUUUCACACCCUUCGGACUUCCUUCACUUAAGUCUACAACCUGUCGUAGCUGGAGAACUGGUUGGUGACAGAUUACCAUCAAACGUACCAACUAUCCCUCCACCGAUUUUCACCAAGAUUGAUAUGAUCGAUCAAUUGUUUAAUAAGAGUUUGUCAAGUGGUUCUACCCCUUCUACUACCCAGAAGGUUAAAAAGUACGCUUCUGGCUCAAUAUUCAGCUCAGUAGCUCGUUUUGAAGACACUAAUGUUCCACUAACUCCACUAAAUCUUGCUCUGCCAUCUCCAGAUCCAACCUUGAUGAGUUAUAUGGAAAACUUGUUUAAUAAAAGAAAACUCUGGCUGAGGAGUGCAUUAGAUGAAUUUUUACCUGUAGGAUAUUCCAACUGGAAGAAGAGAACGGCAUUUUCAAGAAUAUGUUAUUUAUUCUCAGAUGGUCCAUGGAGAGGAUGCAUGUGUAAAAUAGGCUAUGAUCCAAGAAAGGAUAUAGAAUCGAGAUUCUAUCAGACCAUUGAUUUCAGAGAUCCACACUAUAGAACAAUUUCUUGGAAAACCGGGAGGCGUUCACUGUCAAACCCUGAAAAUCUAGGCCAUGAACUUACUAUAGAUAAGGAGAAGACAUAUGGAGAACUUUCCAAAGAAGUUAUAACACCGAACCCUGAAGUUCAUUUCUUAAUUCCUUCAAACAGGCCUUCACAAUUGUACCAAUUGUGUGAUAUAUGUGACGCCGGGAUACAGAAUAUAGUACACUCAACUGAUUUUUCAAGCGGAAUUUUGAACAAUGAAUGCUCCAAAUCUACAGGAUGGUAUUCCGUGUCAGCCCUAACUAAAAUAAGGGAUAUGAUGGUCGUAAAGUCACUUCGCAUGAGACAUCAACACAACCAACUAGUCACAAAUUAAUAAUUUUUUAAUUUUUG